UACAAAAUACCAGUUCUAGUAAUACAACCUAGUAUAUAUACUACACAAGUACAUAUAAUCCAAUACAACUAACAAGCAGCUGCGUCUCGCUCUCUCUUUCUCAUUCUUCUUAAAACCCCCCACCCCACUUUCACUUCUUAAAUUUAUUCAUUCAAUUCUCAUUGUAACAAUCCAUGGAAUCUGCACUGGGCAAUAUAAACAAAGAUAAUGAAGAUGUGGACUCCUCUUCUUCUUCAUCACCUCCUUGUGUUGUUGUGAUUCCCCAGGUUGAGGAAUGUAGUGAAAUAAGUGAAGAAACCAUUGCCAGCCAACCGUUGGAGCUGCAAAACCUUGCUGUGGAGAUUCCCAUAAGAGUCCUUCAGAAUUUUUCGGAGCAAUCUGUCAAUAUAAACAUUCCCAUGACACCAAGUACAACUCCAAAGAGAGUGAAUUUUCCCCGACUUCCUAGCCCUAGUUAUGCUGAAUUCAAUGGGUCCUCUAGCCCCUCAUCAUCUCAAGGUAAAUCAUCCUUGAAAUGCCUUCUUCCUAAGUUAGGUUUCAAAAUAAAAAACACAGAUUCAGAUAUUGAGAAGGCUGCCGUCCUAGCUCUAGUAGGUUCACCAUCGUCGCAAAACAAAUCUUUUUUCCCAAGCACAGGAUCUCUUACUAGGUUAUUUACCCCCAGAAUGAAGAAAAUGUCAUCACUCCCAGUAACUCCAACAGCACACUCAAAUCCAGAGUCUACACAUGGAGGGUACACAAGUGAUGUUCAGAAUGCAGAUAAAGGUUGGGACCAUUUUGUUAUUCACCGUUCGCACUCGGUGCCUGAGCUUAACAAAGAUGGAAGUCUGAGGCAGCUGGAAUCUUUAGGUGGGGUAUUUCGUGUCGUUUCAAUUGCCCCAAGAGUGACCGAAGGUACUAGUGCAUCACCACAUGCUAGUCCACCACUGGAAGCUGGUGAAACUGAUGAUGACGAUGAUGGUGGUGAGCAUAUACUGGAAGAAGAAGCAGUCUGUAGAAUCUGCUUGAUUGAACUACGGGAGGAUGCUGAUACCCUUAAAAUGGAGUGUAGCUGCAAAGGCGAACUAGCUUUAGCACACCACGAAUGUGCCAUAAAAUGGUUUAGUAUUAAAGGUAAUAAGACGUGUGAGGUUUGCAAGCAAGAUGUCCAGAAUCUACCUGUCGCCCUUUUACGAAUUCAGCAUACUCGGUCCAACAUCUUGCUAGGAAAUGGAGCCCGGAAUGCUGAAGCUGCAGGAUACAGGAUUUGGCAGGAUGUACCUGUCCUUGUUAUAGUUAGCAUGCUUGCCUACUUUUGUUUUCUGGAGCAGCUUAUGCUCUCAGACAUGGGAUCUCAUGCAAUUACUUUAUCUCUUCCGUUUUCCUGCAUCUUGGGUCUCCUAGCAUCCAUGACAUCGACGACUAUGGUAAGAAGAACAUAUACAUGGAUGUAUGCCCUCGUUCAGUUUGGACUGGUGGUUCUAUUCGGGCAUGUUUUCUUUUCAGUGCUCCGAGUUCAGGUGGUUCUGUCAAUAUUCCUUGCUACAUUUGCUGGAUUUGGAGGAGCAAUGUGUGGAGCUUCUUUUAUAAUUGAAGUGCUUAAAUUGCACAGAAGGUGGGUCUUGUUGAGAAACCAACAGCACGAUUCUGAUGAAGCUAGGGAAGUGCAGCAGUCAUCAGGUUCUGUUCACGCGCCUCACUCAAAUCCGAUCUAAGCCCAGAAGCCAAGAAAUUUGUGAAAGGGAGCUAACUCAAUUGGUUGCUAGUCUUUCUCUUUAUACUCUGUAGUUGUAUCUUACAUUUACAUUUCUUUCUUUCUUUUUUUCCAAAAGAAAAAACUAUAAACAACGCUAUAAAAUUACUGACAUAGCAUUAGAACCAUUUUUUAAAUAGGAAUAUACUUAUCUAUGUGGGGGCAAAGACUUGCAAGUCAUUUAUAAAUUAGAUGCACAUACUUAACUCUCGAGUUAGUUAUAAGUUAAGCUAAACAGACACCAUGUCUUGUAUCGAUGUCGUUUCUAGUCCAUCUCUUUAGAUUUCUUUCUAUAUAUGGAAAGUUCAAAAAUCAUCAUAUAAUAAUCCAGAGAUUUCUAUGUUU